AGGAAAACCGCGCAAACAAAGCAGUUCCAAGUCCCAACUAAAACCAGAAAAAACCGUUCAUUUCGUUUUGCAGUUGCACCCAAAAGAAAUCGCUCGACUCCUUCCUCUUCGUCUUCCUCUUCCGGCGUUCAUCAACCCAAAAUCAACAAAAAUCAGCCAAUUUCACCAUUAAAUCUGUAAUUUAUUCUUUUAAUUUCUCAAUUUUUAUUUCAUUAUUUGUUUGGAGGGCGGGAAAUUGCGAGACAAAAAGGAGAGAGCGUGCGUCGGAUGACAUGUCGUGGAUUAGAAAUGCGGUGAACCUGGCAGUGGAAGCAGGGGCCGCCAACAGCCUCACCCGCACCGUACGCAACUACACCGACACUGUCGUCCUCCACGCGGGCAAUGCCGUCGCCGGCGGAGCCAGACUCCUCCUCCCUGACCGCAUUCGUCCAAGGAAUUUACAGAGUUUUAAGCAGACUGUGAAAAGAUUGGAAGAAGUUUCUGUUUCUUGUAGAGGUGUAGAAAGGGUUCAGCUGCUGAGGAGGUGGCUGGUUUCACUCAAAGAAAUCGAGAGAUUGUCCACCCUUUACAAUGCGAGAAACGGAAAGGGUUCUGAAGACCACCUUACAUCCGAUGAGUCAGCAGACUCCCCGAGGAAACCUACCCUGGUUUAUUACGUAGACUCCGAUGCUGGAGAUGAACCGAAAACUUUUCGUGAUGUCUUUCUUCAUAGCCAAGCUCUGGAGGGCAUGACAUUAUCCAUGAUUCUUGAAGAACCAAAUGAGGAAGAAGUUUCGCUACUUUUGGAGAUAUAUGGGCUCUGUCUUACAGGAGGAAAGGAAGUACACAAUGCAGUAAUGAGCAGCGUACAGAAUUUGUCAAUUGCACUUUCAUACUAUCAAGAUGAAGUACUGAUAAAGCGAGAAGAAUUGCUCCAAUUUGCUCAAAGUGCAAUUGCAGGGCUGAAAAUAAAUGCAGAUCUUGCAAGAAUAGAUGCUGAAGCCUGCAGUUUAAGGGAAGAACUUGAUAAAUUGAUGGCACACCAGAAGGCUCUUAGUGAAGGUUGUGAAAAAUCAGCUGAGAAGACAACAGAUGCGACAAUAGAGAAUUUAAAAGACGCGCUUGUAGAAAUUCAACUAUGUUCCAGGUUGGAGGCUCUGUUACUAAAGAAGAAAUCAUUGAGCAAUGGGGACUCACCCGAGAUGCAUUAUGAAAAGGUUGAGAAAUUGAAAAUAUUAUCAGAAUCUCUUGCUAACUCCACCUCACAAGCUGAAAAGCGCAUUUCAGACCACAGCAGGUUUCAGGAAGAAGAAGCACUCAGCUUUCGUGUAGCUAAAGCUAACGAAGUAAGCCAAGUUGAGAAGGAACUGGUGGCGGAGAUCGGAAAACUUGAGAGGCAAAGAGAAGAACUCCAAAAUGAACUGAAAAAGGUGAUUAUCGCAUUGAAGGCCGUUCGUGCACGCCUUCACAAUGCAAGGGAAGAAAGAGAACAAUUUGAUGAAGCAAGCAAUCAGAUUCUUGUACACAUAAAAGCAAAGGAAGAUGAGCUAUCAAAAUCUAUUGAUUCAUGUAAAGCAGAAGCUGAUGUUGUAAAUACGUGGGUUAGUUUUUUGGAAGAUACCUGGGUUCUGCAGUCUUCGUACACAGAGCACAAAGAGAAGCAGGUCAAUGGCGAACUGGAGAGAUAUGGAGACUAUUUUGUGAAUUUGGUAAUCCAACUUCUCUUUACUUACAAGGCAAACUUGGGAUCGUCAAUCACUCGCAUAAGGACUCUCGUGGAGUGCUUGAACUCAAGUAAAGGAGCAAAUAUACCGGGCAUAGAUGAUGGAAGUUCAAAAGAAAGCAACCCGAGGAAAAAUCUUGUAGAGGAUUAUGUGGACAUGGAAGCCAAGUUUCUGACCACCUUAAGUGUAGUAGAUACCAUGAAAAAGCAGUUCUACGUUCAAAGCGAAGGCAUUUUCAGGAGAGAUGAUGAGAAGGUCAAAGAACUCUUUGAUGCCAUCAAAAAUUUAAACGACGAAUUUGAAUCCAUUGACAGACCAAUAUUGGAAACUGAAGCUUCGCCGCGAAGACCAGAGACGCCUUCUAGUGAUAGGGCCAUUACAAGUCCAUCUCCUACCGCUACCUCUCCUUUGACAACCGGGACUCCAGAACUCAAACAGGAUGCCAAUUCUUCUUUGAUUAAGGGAGAGAAGAAACUGGACCCAAAGGAAGAUACAAAACUAGGGCAGGAACUUGGUAAGACUGCCCCAUUGUCCACCGGGACUCCAGAACUCAAACAGGAUACCAAUUCUUCCUUGACUAAGAGGGAGAAGGCACUGGACCCAAAGGAAGAUACAAAACUAGGGCCGGAACUUGGUAAAACUGCCCCAUUGACCACCGGGAGUCCAGAACUCAAGCAGGAUACCAAUUCUUCCUUGACUAAGGGGGAGAAGACACUGGACCCAAAGGAAGAUACAAAACUAGGACCGGAACUUGGUAAGACUGCCCCAUUGACCACCGGGACUCCAGAACUCAAACAGGGUACCAAUGCUUCCUUGACUAAGGGGGAGAAGACUCUGUACAUAAAGGAAGACACAAAACUAGGGCCGCAACUUGGUAAGACUGCCCCAUCGACCACCGGGACUCCAGAACUCAAACAGGAUACCAAUUCUUCCUUGACUAAGGGGGGAAGAGACAUUGGACCCAAAGGAAGAUACAAAACUAGGGCCGGAACUUGGUAAGGCUGCCCCAUUGACCACUGGGACUCGAGAACUCAAACAGGAUACCAAUUCUUCCUUGACUAAGGGGGAGAAGACAUUGGACCCAAAGGAAGAUACAAAACUAGGGCCGGAACUUGGUAAGGCUGCCCCAUUGACCACUGGGACUCCAGAACUCAAACAGGAUGAAGUUUCCAAUUCUUUCUUCAUCAAGGGGGCAAAUACACUAGACCUGCAGGAAGAGUUGCCGAAACUAGACCCUGAUCUUGGGAAGACCAGUCCAAUGACCACUGAGACUCCAGAACUUAAAAAGCAUGAAGCAAAGGAAGAACUGGCGAAACUACAGCCAGAACUUGGGAAGUUUGUCAAAGAAAUCUCAGCGGAUGAGAUUUGCGAUAUGGUGUUUGAUGAACUUGAAAAGGAAGUGAAAAGAAGUAGCUGACCGGCAAGAAAUGUAGGCCAAAUUCAUAUGGUGGAAUAUGCAUUACGAGUGCAUAUUGAUCUUUUAACAGUGCAGGUUUAUGACAUGUCUUGUUGAAGAAGCAAAUAAGUAGGUCUCUUUCGACGCAAGAUGUAACGCUAUGUAUCUACAGUCGACACUCCUGACAGGUUGUAAAACAAAAGUUGACAAACACUGGAGUUGCUUAGGUCUAUUGAUGCUGUGUAAAUUCUCUGAUCCAUUUGAAGAUGUAGAUAAUACCUUGAAGAAAGUGGACUAUAUUCUCGUGUAGAUACUGCAACUGUAAGAUUAUUCCAAAAUUGUGCUUUCAACAGUGUGGAUGUAGUUUAGAAACUGAUUUUCACCUUUUCAAAGACAACAGUUUUGA